UUUGCCGACGUACCCGGAACUGUUUCCAAGGUUUCCCCAGGUUAGGGUGGCGGCGCCACGGCGGGUCUGGGGACCUAAACCAACCGAGAUCUCCCGAGGCUCGCGAGAGCGCCCGCUUCUCUAGCGGCUUAGGGGACCCAGUGCCUGUGAUGGCUCCAGUGUCGGGUUCCCGCAGCCCAGAGAGGGAGGCCUCGGGCUCCGGGUCGAAGCGUCGCAGCUCGUCAAAGAGCCCUAAGCCCAGCAGAUCCGCCCGCUCCCCGCGGGGCCGCCGCUCGCGCUCGAGCUCUCGCUCGCACUCCUGCUCUCGCUCUGGGGACCGGAAUGGUCUCAGCCAUCAGCUGGGUGGCUUCAGCCAAGGGUCCCGAAACCAGUCCUACCGAUCCCGCUCCCGAUCCCGCUCCCGGGAGCGGCCCUCUGCGCCGCGGGGUAACCCCUUCUUUUCUGCCUCCUCGACUGCGUAUUAUGGCGGCUACUCGCGUCCCUACGGAAGUGACAAGCCGUGGCCUAGCCUUCUGGACAAGGAGAGGGAGGAGAGCCUGCGGCAGAAGAGAUUAAGUGAGAGAGAAAGGAUUGGAGAAUUGGGAGCUCCUGAAGUAUGGGGACUUUCUCCAAAGAAUCCAGAACCAGACUCUGAUGAACACACACCAGUAGAGGAUGAUGAGCCAAAGAAAAGCAGCACUUCAGCUUCUACUUCAGAAGAAGAAAAGAAGAAGAAGAAGAAGUCUGGUCAUUCGAAAGAAAGGUCCAAGAAAAGGAGAAAGAAAAAAUCCUCUAAAAGAAAACACAAGAAGUAUUCCGAUGACAGUGACAGUGACUCUGACUCUGACACAGACUCCAGUGAUGAAGAUACAAAAAGAAGAUCAAAGAAAGCCAAGAAAAAGGAAAAGAAGAAGAAACAUAGAUCGAAGAAAUACAAGAAAAAGAAAUCUAAGAAGAGUAGAAAAGAUUCCAGUGAUUCAAGCUCUAAAGAUUCCCAGGAAGAGUUUCUGGAGAAUCCCUGGAAGGAUCGAUCAAAGCCUGAAGAACCCUCAGAUUUAAUUGGCCCAGAGGCUCCAAAAACACUUGCCUCUCAGGAUGAUAAACCUUUGAACUAUGGCCAUGCUCUGUUACCUGGUGAGGGUGCAGCUAUGGCUGAAUAUGUAAAAGCUGGGAAACGUAUCCCAAGAAGAGGUGAAAUUGGCUUGACAAGUGAAGAAAUUGCAUCAUUUGAAUGCUCGGGUUAUGUAAUGAGUGGUAGCAGGCAUCGCCGAAUGGAGGCCGUGCGACUGCGGAAAGAGAACCAGAUCUAUAGUGCUGAUGAGAAGAGAGCCCUGGCGUCCUUUAACCAAGAAGAGAGGCGAAAGAGAGAAAACAAGAUUCUGGCCAGUUUUCGAGAGAUGGUAUACAGAAAAACUAAAGGGAAAGAUGACAAAUAAGGAUUUUCUGAUUGUUAAGCAGACAUUUUUAACAACAAAAAAAGUCUGGGUUCUAUAUAUACAUACAAAAAGAUUAUGACCUGAAAAAGCUUUACAGUGCUACUGUGCCUUCUAUUUAAUUCUUUCAGUCCUUCAAUAAAAAGCUGCUUAUUGAUAUAAUUUUAGCAAGUUCUUUGGGUUAUUUUUGGAUUGAUCAUAAUAACUUUCUGGUUUAAAAAUCCAAAUUAUGAAUGAAAUCUUAUUGUACUUGGGGAGGUGGCAUUGAGAGAAAGUGUCAGUAAGAUAAGAAACUUAACUCUCAUACCAUGGGACAGUGCUACUAUUAGCUCUACAUGAUGCCCGUCCCCCACCCCCACCCCAACUGAACUUGUGGGAAAUUAUCAUUCCUCUGUGUUGAAUGUGUUAUAAAUGGACUUGAUAGAAACAUACAGGAGGCCACUUUUGUUAACAAGAUGGAGGCAUUGCUGAAAAAGCAAAUCUGGAAUUUGAAUAUUAACUUGUGUAACAUAUAGUCUGCCCUGGAAGUAUUUUGGUUUUUGUCCCUACCUCUACCCCAAAUCCAACAAAGAAGCCAAAAAACAAACUAACCCACGGACUUACUGAGUUGAAAAUGUGAACGUUAGUGUUUUAAAUUCUUAAAAGGUUACUUAGAAAUGGUUCUUCAAAUAUAAAAUAUUUGGAAGUGCACUGUUGUGCCAAUGUAAGUACAUUAUUUCCAUCUAAGCUAUGCCUAGAUGAUUAUUUGAAUACUGGAAAUGAGUGGGAGUCAACUAUGGUUAGGAGUUUAAUAGGGCAAAAUAUAUUGAAGCAUUGGUUUUAAUUUAGUCAUUUUAUAAAGGAUGAAACUAGAAUUAUAUUAAACAUAUUUUAAGUCUGUCCUUUAUGUAAUAAGCAUAUUUCAUUUUAAAUAUUGUUAAACGUUUCAGUUUAUUUUUUACAUCUGUCCUUCAGUUCAACUUUGUAUAGAACCCCUCACUUUAUCACUUUUUUAUGGCUACUAUUGACUUUUAAUUUUGUGAGAAAUGGAAAAUUCUGGGACUAGCAGUUCUCAUGAUCUUUUUUCUUCCAUUAUUUUGUUCAGUUUGAGUUGUUAGGUCACAAGAGGGAAGGGAAAGGGGACAGUGGAAGUUUUGGCUGUUUUUGUUAAAAGUUAUUUUGAGCUGUGUUAUUAUGUGUCUAGAAUAAAUCUAAGUGACCUGGGGGAUGGAGAAGUUCUAACUCUGUGAUUAUAAAAUGCCCUCUUUACUUGUAAUAGUUUAAAGUGUUUUUUUCCCCAACAUUUUAAAAUAAAGCAAUCAUAUUUCAAAGUAUAGAUAAAAAGUUUUACUAUUUAACGUAUGUUCUAGGAAAGUGUCUACCUUUAACCCACAGCUAAGGUACUAAAUCAUUUGGCAUGUAGCAACAUUUAUGACCCCUGAAUCUGAAGUGAUUCCUGUUUAUCAUCGUUGCUGCCUAACCUGAUAAAUCUCAUUUCCAAAAGGUAAAGGGAAGCCAGGUUCCAAAUUUAUGAGUUGUAAUCCGUCUACUUCCCUGUGUGAUAAAACCUAAAUUUACAAUCCCUAUUUAAGAAUUUUGUUCUCUAAGAACACUAUUUUUUGUACUGGUUCCUGGAAACUGAAUGAGUUUGCACUCUUAUUUUCAGUAGGCAAAGCAGUGUAAACUCGGUGAUAAAGGAUUCUUGUGGGUUUUUAUUGGAUUCUCCUGUCUCCUCCACAGAGUAGAUACUCAACAAAUGCUUGUCGAGUAAAUGAAAGGAAACAUUAACGUAUUUUAGAACUUUGUCAUUUCUUUCAUCAAGGUUUGUUCAGGAAAGAUCGGCCAAAGAGCAGCUUCAGUAGCAUGUUCUUUGGAAAAGAGGAGGGAAGAAUAAAAGGGCUAAAAGUUUUUUAUUUUGAGCUCAUGAGAGGUACUGCUGCAAAUUGUGUUUAAUCAUCUGAGCCAUAAGUCCAAUAGGAGGACUAUUAUAUUUGAAAUGUAUUUUUUUUUCUUCAGGAAGACUUAUCUAGUUUCCCACCUCCUUGCCUGUUGUUCUGAUAAGAUUGCCCCUCCUUUUAUGUUUAUUGCACAAAUGUAACAGAAGAAGGAAAAAUUAGGGAUCCCUGGGUGGCGCAGUGGUUUGGCGCCUGCCUUUGGCCCAGGGCACCAUUCCUGGAGACCCGGGAUCGAAUCCCACGUCGGGCUCCCGGUGCAUGGAGCCUGCUUCUCCCUCUGCCUGUGUCUCUGCCUCUCUCUCUCUCUGUGUGUGUGACUAUCAUAAAUUAAAAAAAAAAAGAAAGAAAAAUUACCCAGUCUUCCCACAUCAAUUGUCUUUAGUAUUCUGUGUUCCCUUCCAGUGCUUGUCUGCAUAAAUAUGUAUUCUGACAUACAUGUAAGUAAUCACUCCUAAUGUAAUCCUGUCUUUGGUGUUUUAAACCUUUGCAGUCAGGUAAGACAGCCCCACAGGGAUGAUAGGAACAAGCAAUGAUCUGGUGUGAGGAUGGGAGGAAGACCAGAAAGAAGUAAGGGUGGCAACCAGACCUUCCCUGUUUUAUUGCCUCCUGUCUUCAAGCCAGCCUGCUGCCGUCAGGUUGUGAUGCUGUGUUGUGGUAGGCAGCACGCCCAGUUUCAGAGUAUCAGCAUAUAUUAUUUAACAGUGAAGCUUAACUCACAGUAAGUGAAAGGGUCUCUGAGCAGGGAAAUCCUUAGACUGGUUAUAUUAUGAGCUGUAGAACUGUUGCCAGUUUUCUUUUCCUCAGUUAUGCCCGAAAGAGGUGUGUCUGGACUAGAAAAUUAGGCUCAAAUGGGGGAACAGGCAGCCAAGUAUCACUCUCAGUUUGGUCUGAUGGAUGAAUUUUAGCAAAUCUCUAAACUUGGCUUCUGUACCUGUAAGACUCUAAGUGAUGUAGACAGUGGUGGGAAAAAACAUUUAGAAAUGGAAAAUAACUUACUGGUUACUCUGCUAAUGUGAUGGAAGUUGCCAAAUGGAAAAUGAAUGCAAAAAAAAAAAUACAGCUGGAUUGUUUGCCACAAAUUUAUUAUCCAAUAAAUAUUCUGUGGUUUGAUGUGCA